UAUUCCUCGAGAUGAGUUGCGAAUAACAGCACACUACUAGCUGCCUAAUUAUGGCUACUCUCAAAUUUAAAGAAACGUCGCCCUAUGUCCAAAGACAACCUGAAGCACCAGCUGAGGAUUAUUUAUAUAAAAAAUAUUUACAAAAUAUGGCAGCGCAAACUACUUCGAUUGCACCUGACGAUCAAGUGUUCAAUGUAGCCAUUUUUGGCUUAGGACGAGCUGGAACGAUACAUCUUGAACAUGUAGUAAGCAAUCCACGCACAAAAGUUGUGUACAUCGUUGAUGAUGUCGAGUCAAAGUGGGAAGCUAUCAAACAAUAUUGGCGUCUCAAAGAUGUUACAUUUUUGACGAGUAAACAAUCAGAUCUAGUAUUCAAGGAUUCUAGAGUGGAUAUUAUAGUAGUUGCUUCACCAACACGCACGCACGAAUACAUUAUUACCAAAUGCCUUGAAGCCAAAAAGGCAGUUUUUUGUGAAAAGCCUAUCGCGGAAGACGAUAGAAGCAUUAUGAAGUGCUAUGACAUUGCCAAAAAAGUAGGAAAACCACUUUUCUGUGCUUUUAAUAGGCGCUUCGAUCCUAGUUUUAUAGAAGUAAGAAAUCGUAUCCAAAGAGGAGAAGUUGGCCAUGUUCACGUAAUUAAGACAACAAGUCGUGAUUCUCCUUUGCCAACGAUUGAAUAUUUGUCUACUUCUGGAGGAAUAUUUCAUGACUGCAUGGUUCAUGACAUCGACCUCAUGACUUGGGUCCUCGGAGAAUACCCUCAAAAGGUUUCUGUUGGAGCAACUGCCCACAUUCCCGAGAUUAAGGCUUUAAAUGAUUUUGACACAGUAGUGGCCACUCUUUACUUUGCAUCAGGAACCUUAGGACAAAUAGAUUUGUCACGAAACUCUAAUUAUGGUUAUGAUAUGAGAUUAGAAGUUUUUGGUCCGAAAGGCAUGGUUGAUGCCAGCAACGAACAACCGAUUCACUCUGUAACCCGCCAAAAUGGUCUUGAGGGACCGCAAAAAACUCCGAUAUGGUAUUCUUUUCCAAGUCGAUUCAAACUUGCGUACGUAACAGAGUUUGAACUGUUUUUAGAUGUAGUGAUGGGAAAGAAGGAAUUACCCAUUAAGGCCAAUGAUUUUAUUGCCAUCAACAAAAUUGCGACAGCUUGUGAAGAGUCUGCUCGCACUGGAAAAAUCAUUACAUUGAAUUGGAAGAAAGAAGAACUACCUUUAUAAUGCAAUAUAAUGAUGUAAACAAAUUACGAAAACAGCCGUAAAAAUGAAAUCACGGUAAAUUUGAAAGUAUCAAUUUCAUUUAUAACAAAAUUAUCCAAGAAUGUAACAAUAUUUUGAUAAUUUGUUUUGAUACAGACUUUUGUAUCAAUUCAAUAUGGUUGCAGUAAAACGGGACCCUCAGAUUUAGCGAGAUAAAAAUUCGCCUAGUUGUUAGUAAAAUUAUAAAGUCUUAAAAUAAAUCCAUGCACAAAUUAUGUGACUAACCAUAA